UAAUAUUACAAUAAAACUUUGAGGGAAGUGACGAGUUCAAGAGCUGGUGGAGCUGAAAUUCCUUUGUGCCAUUGGGAAUCCGAGGACGGCAACUCGAAACACAUCGUCAUAAAAAGAAAAGCGAACUGGAGAAGUGCGUCCAUACACAGCAUAAAUACACACUUCUCCACACAGUCCAUGAUGGCAUCCCCAAGGCUGGAGACUUUCUGCUGCCCAAACCGAGACGCAUCCACCGAAUUUGUCAUUACCUUUCAACCGCUUUUCUUUGGUGCCAUUUGCAUUGGCAGCGCAAGUUUGAGUCUUAUUUUUUCAAUACUACAGAUUUUGCCCAAACGCAAGGGCUACAGACGUCUUGGACAGUACCCUUUGCCGAAACCUGCGUCUUCCUCGAGAAUAUUGUUCAUAAUCAGCAUUUGUGAUAUUUUGGGAUGUGCAGGAAUCAUAGUGAGAUCGUCCAUCUGGCUGGGCUUGCCAAACCUCGUCAGCGGUAUCUCUGUGGCCAACAGCAGUGAAGUCUGGCCAGAGGUGUUUUGUGUGGGCAGUGCCAUGUGGAUCCAGCUGUUCUUCAGCGCUUCCUUCUGGUGGACCUUCUGUUAUGCUGUGGACGUCUUCCUGGUAGUCAAGAGAUCUGCAGGAAUAAGCACUAUCAUCCUGUAUCACAUGAUCACAUGGGGCCUGGCUGUGUUGCUGUGUGUUGAGGGUGUAGCCAUGCUAUACUACCCAUCAAUCUCCAAUUGUGAGAAUGGUCUUCAGCAUGCCAUCCCCCACUAUAUCACCACCUACGCUCCCCUGCUGCUUGUGCUACUGGUCAACCCUGUGCUGUUCGCCCGCACCGUAUCUGCAGUUACAUCCUUACUUAAGGGACGACAAGGAAUCUACACAGAAAAUGAAAGACGCCUAGGCACAGAGAUAAAGAUUCGCUUCUUCAAAAUCAUGCUGGUGUUCUUUAUUUGCUGGUUACCCAACAUCAUCAAUGAGAGCUUGCUCUUCUACCUGGAGAUGCAGAUAGACAUCAAGGCUGCCACUUUAAAGAAUGUGAGAAACGCAGCCCUCAUCACAUGGUUCAUCAUGGGGAUCCUCAACCCAAUGCAGGGUUUCCUCAAUACCCUGGCCUUCCAUGGAUGGACGGGCAUGGAUGUGGACCUGAGCCUACAGCGCAGGAGGGAGCUGGCCUGGGACUCUGCCUCCACCUCGGCACCUGCCACAGGGGGCUACAACCCAAUUGUAGGCUCCAGCCUACUCUACCAGAGUCACGUCCAGGAAGGCAAGAAGAACAUGACGGCCAAUGGGCAUCAGCCGUCCGACGCGAUCAGCGUCCUCUCAGAAGGUUCUGAGUCUAGUACAAUUGAAAUCCACAUUUCCAGUGAGCUUCGCGAGUAUGAGGAUGUAGACGCAGAUGAGGAAUCGCUGGAGAACUCUGUGAAGCGCUAGCUGGGGCCAAAUGCUGCAACAACCACCAGCCUCUUCUCUCUCCACACACAGAGACUGUGUUCAUAUUAAGUUUCCCCAAGUCCUCGUCUAUAAGGACCACUCUUUUUGCAGCGCAGGAUUAGAACGUUUCAAUAGAUACUUUACAAGUAUUUAAAGCAAUCUUUUGUGAGCUGUACUGUGUUAGUUGUUCUCCAUCAAUUGAUAUAUUAUCAGACAAAUAUUGCACUAUGUCUAUAGAGUAUUCUCUGUCUAUAUGUGACACCCUAAUGGGCUUUGCCUGUUAGUUUCCACAAUACACAAUCCAACUAAUCAGUCUGCUAUAGAUGAUGUGGUGUUAUAUUAUUGAAUCAUCAACUGUACAGUAAUGGAAGAGUCCCAUGGACAACUCACCCUUUCGUAUUGAAGUCAGUCAACAGUAAAGACCUGUAAUUCCCCAUUGAUAGAUAACACAAAGGCUGACCUUUAAAUGUGUUUAAGCUACUUGAUAAACAUGCGUGUACUUAAUUUAACACGUCACCAGAUGGCAGGCCUUGUGCAUCAAAUCUACACAAUUGCUCAUUUGCACCCGGUGCAUCAGAUGAUUAGGAGUAUUCAUAUGGGUUGUUGAAAAGUCUGUUUCUUAGUCGUUUUAAUGUUGUUUUCUGUCAUGUUUUUCCAUUCUGGUUCUUUUUCAUAAAAAAUUAAACACAGACAUGUUUAAGUUCUUGUGCUAGAACUGCAUGAAUGUGACAGUCACUGCACUGAAAUCCCCUUUUACUUUAAUUUCACCACUUUCAGCUAGAUCAGGACCACCAGU